GAGAAGAUGCUCAGAGAUCUGAGAACGUAGAGACCCGUCACAUCACAGACUCAGGGCAGGUAGAAACAAUAAGCCACUAGAAUGUGUUUAAAAACACCUUAAAUGAUAAACUAACAUUUAUUAAAAAUGGGCAAAAGUGUUCUUCUGAUGCUGCUGAGUUUUGCUUCGUUUCUUGGUUGUGCUCACAGUCAGUGUCAGUCAGGAUGGAGGGAACAUGAUAACAAAUGUUACUUCUUUUCAACCGAUACGAAGUCGUGGUUGGAUGCAAACGGAUAUUGCUUGGAGCACAACAGCAACCUGAUGAGCAUUCAGGACAUCAGUGAGAGGUUAUGGGUGAGAACACAAAUAAGUACUGAGAUCUACUGGAUCGGCUUGAACGACCGAAUUGUCGAAGGCGUCUGGGAGUGGAGUGAUGGGAGUCCUUUCAUAGAAUACCUGUCGUACUGGCAGCCAAACCAGCCUGAUAACUAUAACGAUGCAGAGGACUGUGGUCAGGUGAGCGGACAAAGCUACGGACAGUGGAAUGAUGAGAACUGUGACGUUAAGAGGAAAUUUAUCUGCAAACACGCCAACCCAAACCCCACCCCUCAGUGUGACCUCGUCAACGGGUGGCGACCCUUUCACUCUAGCUGCUACAAGCUCAAAUCAGACACCAGGAAGAGCUGGUCGGCUGCCAGACUCGACUGUGUGCAGGAAGGCGGAGACCUGGUGUCCAUAAGCUCCGUGGAGGAGAACACCUAUGUGACAGGAACCAUGGACCAAACAACACAUCUGGACCUCUGGAUCGGGCUCUCCACACUGAAAUGCAACAAGAUCUCCUGUCAGGUUGAGGCUGGGAACGACCAGUUUACGUGGUCAGAUGCUCUGAUGGUGUCCUACAACCACUGGGGCGAGGGUCAACCCACAGUCAAUCCACAGGUUGGCUCCUGUGCUGCAAUAAUCAAAGACUCAGAAUCAGACAUGUUUGGAGAAUGGAGGUCCCAUUUGUGCCGAUACGAGCGUCCGUACAUGUGCAAACGUCUCCUCAACACCAUCUGCCCUCCUGGCUGGCUGAGCUUUGCAGGCAGUUGUUACUGGGUGGUCAGUAACAUCAAUCUUCUGACCAGCUGGCAUGAAGCGCAAAGGACGUGUUCCGGCAUGAAUGCUCAUCUGCUGACAAUAAACAGUGAAGAAGAACAGUUUUUCAUAAACGGGAAACUUCCAGACUUUCACCAGGUGGACAUCCCCGACAUCUGGAUCGGCAUAUCAGAUAUGUUACAGGACGGGGAUUUUAAAUGGGUGGAUAAAACUCCUAUUACCUUUUCAAACUAUGGUCCGGGCUGGCCCAAGAACACCGCGGGCCUGUGGGACUGUGGACAGAUCUUCACAGGAAAUUACGAGGGCAAAUGGGAAACAACCAACUGCUUUAAGAGUCUGGGUUACAUCUGUGAGAUGACAGGUGGACAGAACCCCCAGCCAACGGCAUCUCCUGAUGGCCACUGUGAUCGUGGAUAUUUGUUACACGGGGACUUCUGCUAUCACUUUGAGAACGAGGAAGUGAAAAACUGGCACGAUGCAGAGGCCCGUUGUGCCAGUGAGCAGGGUCAUCUGGUCAGCUUCCAGAAGCAGGAGGAGCUGAGUUUCCUGACUGCUCACAUGCCGGCACAGGCCUGGGUGGGUUUGAACGACAUCGACGUAGAAAACCAGUUUGUGUACAGCGACGGAUCUGCCACAAACUUCCUCCCGUGGGAGCCCGGCCAACCAGACAACUGGCAGAACAACGAGGACUGCGUCCACCUCAGAGGGCCCACUCACUCCUUCGCCGGGAUGCUUAAUGAUGACUUUUGCACUUCAACUAAAGAAUAUAUUUGCAAAAAAGCUAAGGGACAAGGCCCUCCUCCCCAGCCUCCAACAUCCGGACCAGGAUGGAAUGACAAAUGUGGUUCGUGGAUGGCUGACCCUUUCAACGACUUCUGCUACCUGUUUAACUACCUGUCGAUGAGAACUUGGGCCGAAGCUCGGGCCGACUGUAUCAACCAAGGAGGAGAUCUCGUGAGCAUCACAGAUCCCUUUGAGCAGGCCUUCAUACACGGUGUAAUCCAGACAACUCCCACUGGGAUAUCUCUGUGGAUGGGAGGACACGACUCCGUCACAGAAGGUGGCUGGGAGUGGACUGACAGCUCCCCGUUCAGAUACAUCCACUGGAACGCAGGGAACCCAGAUGACUAUUUUGGUGAGGACUGCCUGUCCAUACUUAUCAACAGCGGCUACUGGAAUGAUGACAACUGUCAGAACAAAAGAGGAUACAUCUGCAAGCGAAGAGGAAGGACACCUGAACCUCCUCCACCUCAUGAUGGUUUUAUGACGGCGUUGGUGUGCCAGAACUCAUUGGCUGUCAUUCAUUGUCCUGAAGAAAGUGUCAUAAACAUCCAGUCUGCUUUCUACGGCCGAAAGAACGACGACACCUGUCCACACUUUGGGGAGUCAGGGGGCACCUGCACAGUGGAUGGUAUUCUCCCCAUCUACCGGGAGAGGUGUGACAACCGACCUUAUUGCGUCGCUCGAGCUCACAUUGAAGUGGACCCCUGUCCAACUGUGUCUAAAUAUCUUGAGAUCGUCUACAGCUGUGAACAGAAAGUGUGUUUGCACGGCCUGGGUGUUGAGGAUGGUAACAUCACAGACGCUCAACUGUCUGCUACUUCUUCCAUUGGUCUCUUCACUCCCAACAAAGCCCGUUUGCACGGGAAUUCCUGCUGGAUGCCCUCUGGAAGUGCAACCUCAAGCUGGAUUCAAGUAAACCUGGGUCAGACCAGAAAAAUUACAGGGAUCGUAAUCCAGGGUUGUCCUCAGAGUGACUACUGGGUCACUAAAUUUAAGAUCCAGCACAGCAUGGAUGGUAUAACCUGGACAAACCACGAUGUCGACGGGCCGUUUUUUCCUGGUUCAACAGACAGAAACACUGUUGAAACCCAGCUGCUGGGCACACCCAUGUCCGCUCAGUACGUUCGAAUCCUUCCUCUGGAGUUCAACAACCAGGCAGGCCUUCGAUUCGAUGUUCUAGGAUGCACGCCUGACUAUGCAGUUACGUGUGCAAGCAAACCCAACUUCAACUUCGCCAAUGAUCAAAUGACAGUCCACUGCCCUGCAGGCUGCUCCCAGUCUAACUACAUAGUGUAUGGCACAUCGGUGUAUCGUGGGGACUCAAACAUUUGUGCAGCUGCCAUCCACGCUGGAGUGAUACUCAAUGAAGUUGGAGGAGACUGCACCUUGUUGAAAGCUGAGGGACAAAACUUUUACCCAGGCUCCACCAGGAACGGCAUCACCUCCAGACAAUUUGAUGGAAACUACGCUGUGUCCUACACUUUUGCGGAUGGAGAGCUGAGAUGUUCUGGGCCUGACUGGUAUGAGUUUGGGGAGUUCUGCUACAAACCUUUCGUAGACAAAAAGACGUGGCAUAAUGCUCGCAGGGCAUGCAGGAAUCUGGGCGCUGAUCUCGUUUCUAUCCAGUCGAUGUUAGAGCAAAGCUGGCUGGAGAGUUAUCUGUACGAGGUCACCAGUGAUGUGUGGACUGGCCUGAAUGACCUGGUCAUACAUGGCAUGUAUGUAUGGUCAAAUGAACACUCGGUGAGCUUCACCUACUGGGCUCCAGGAGAACCCAACAACCAUGAUGGCUUCAGUGAGGACUGCGUGGAGAUGUUACGCACAACCGGACGAUGGAACGACGUUUCCUGCACAGAACUCAAUGCAUACAUAUGCAAAAUGCCUAAAGCGCAUUACCCCGUACCCUCAGUUAAACCCACGGUGUAUGGAUGCACUCAGGGCUGGGAUGCAUAUGGCUACUCCUGCUACUGGAUGGAAGAGACGGCCAGGAGCUGGUCGGAUGCCAAAGCCUUCUGUAAGGAGCAGGGCAGCUUCUUGCUGCACAUCGGAGACAUCUAUGAGCAGUCCCAUUUCACAGUGGCGCUGACAGGAAGGACUGGUUUCUGGUGGAUCGGCCUGCGCGCUCGUGGAGGAACGGGUGGAGGGGUAGACUACACCUGGGACAAUGGCUCACCUCUGACCUUCACUCACUGGGACAAAGACCAACCAGACAAUGGGGACGGUACCUGUGUGGCUAUGACAACGGGUCAGAUUGGAGGUUUCUGGGAUGACAAGCAGUGCACCGAGCAACACGCCUUCAUCUGUGAGAAAGCCAGACCUGACAUCACACCACCUACCAAGGCUCCGACGCCUCCUCCUGCACAGGGCUGCGCUGAAGGCUGGACGGCUCGGCCCCACUUCAGGAACUGCUACAAGCUCUUCCACAAUGUGGACUGGUCCUUGAAGAAGAGCUGGGGAGCAGCACACGAGGACUGUGUUUCCAGAGGAGCGAACUUGGUCAGCAUCCACAAUCAGGAAGAGGAAGAGUUCCUGUCUCUGUACAGCAAAGCCAGCACUAAGUGGAUCGGCCUUAAGCAUAACCCCACAGAAGGAGGAUAUUCUUGGAGUGACGGAUCACCCGUGUCACAUACCAACUGGGGUCAGGGGGAGCCGAACAACCACGAGGGCCGUGAGGAGUGUGUGGAGAUGGUGAGCAGCACCAAUGGAACCUUCUCCUGGUGGAACGAUCUCAACUGUGACGCACAUCAGGACUGGAUAUGCAUGAUUACAAAAGGGAAAACUCCCAUCAUUCCUCCAGUGCCCCCAUCUCCCGUUCCAGCUCCUGACUGUGGCUCCAACCCGGGCUGGAGGAAGAACAACAACAUCUGCUACUACUACAACGACACGGACAUAGUGGACUUCCACGAGGCUAUGUUGCGCUGCUAUGCAGAGAAAGCCACCCUUGCAUCCAUUCUCAACAAAGACGAACAGGCUUAUGUGAACUCCAUGGUGGGAACAGGAGAGGUGUCUGCAGCCUGGAUCGGCCUGAGGAUGUUUGGCAUAACAAGUGCACAAUACAUGUGGGUGGAUUUCUCUCCGUUGACAUACACUCACUGGGCUCCAGGUGAGCCCAACAACGCCAACGGAGAGGAACAGUGCGUCCAGAUGAACAGACACCAAGGUGGGUGGAAUGAUGCCAACUGUGGAUGGGCUGGAGCGGGUUACGUUUGUAAGAAGUUUCCUGGAGACAACCACACACCUCCUCCGCCCACACAACCCUGGGAGGGCAACUGUCCUGAAGGUUGGAUGCAGUUUAAGAACAAGUGCUUCAUGUUCAAAGGGAAGAGACACGAACUUAAAGCCAGCUGGCCUUCUGCCCGGAGCUGGUGCAAAGAACAAGGAGGAGAGCUGGCCGUUAUUGAUGACCAGUAUGAGAACGACUUUGUCACUAGUCACUUGAGAGACCUGGAGACUGCUACCUGGAUAGGACUGUCAGAUCUGUUGGUGGAGAACCAAUAUGGCUGGAGCGAUGGGGGCAGCCCAGUGCGGUACACCAACUGGAAUGAACGCGAACCCAACAAUGCAGGAGGAGCGGAACACUGCGUGACCAUGACUCAUGGCGUCCUCACAUCUGGCAGGUGGAACGAUGAUGCUUGUCACAAGAAUCACAGCUUUGUCUGCUACAGGAAGAAAUCGAGCAGCAUCAAACCUCCUCCUCCAACCAAGAGCCCCUGCCCAGACGGCUACAUCUCCUGGUACCACAACUGCUACAAGCUGGUCGAGGAGCCGGCCACCUGGGAGGCAGCUCAGACAACCUGUGCCGGGCAGGGCGGCAACUUGGCGAGUAUCGACAUGAGCUACGACCAGGCUUUUGUUGCUGGGGUCGUUCUGCAAGGAAAAGCAGACGCUUGGAUUGGACUCAGGCGCAAGGAGGAUGGCUCUUACAAGUGGACGGAUGGCUGGCCAGUUUUCUUCACUCAGUGGGGACCCGAAGAGCCCACCAACUUCAAGGAUGAGGGCUGCGUCAGUAUGCAUGCUUCAAUCUGGUUCCACGGGACCUGGAAUGACACCAAAUGCGACCAAGCCAAACCUUUCAUUUGCAAGAUCUCCUCAGAAAAACCACCUCCGACUCCCAGUCCUGGUGAUGGAAAAUGUCUGGAGCACUGGGCUCCUUACGGCCACCACUGUUAUUACAUACACGACAGUAAGGAGGGCGUCUCCUGGCCGGACGCUCGACACAUCUGCCAGUCUUUCAGGACUGAGCUGGCCUCCAUUCACAGCAGAGCAGAGCAGGAGUUUCUCAGGAACCUAAACCACACCAAGUAUCACAACAUCUGGAUCGGUCUCACCAGGGAUGGAAACUUUGGCUGGGGCUGGACGGACAGAACAGCAGUAGGAUUCCUCAACUGGGCUCCCGGUGAGCCCAACUCAGCCUUCCAUCCUGGGGAGGUCGCCGAGAACUGUGUGGAGAUGUACCACGACGGACGCUGGAAUGACAACAACUGCCUGCAGAAGAGAAACUUCAUUUGCCGCCAUCGCCAGUUCUACACAACAGAUGACAACAAACACCCCAUUUUCCCCACUGAUGGUCCAGGAACCAAUAACGAAGGGGUGGUAGCCGGAGCCGUCAUUGGAGCCAUCAUCUUUAUCUGCUUGUUAGCCGGACUGCUGUUCUACGUCUUCAGAGUGCGGGGAUAUAAACUGAGCAGCCUGAGUUUACCAACAACAACAACAACCAGUAAAAUCGAUGUGCCCAAUUUCUCCAAUCCCAACUUCGCAGGAGAAUCCGACACAUAAAGAUCCUAAAGCUCUGUAAAGUUCAUCCAUGUUAAUAUUUUUUUAAAGAAAAAAAUCACAUGCUUUCUGAGGCAUGUUGAAGGUUUAUGGAAUAAAAUUGAAAAGGAAACUUCACUGAUGUUUAUAGCAAAAUAAAGUUGGAUCAUACAAGAGCACCAAUUAUUUAGCUACUUUUCAACACAUGUUAAAGUAUUUGUUUAAAAUAAACAAAAGUAAACAACAAUA